CCAAAACAGGCAUAAAAGGCAGUGAGAAGGAUCACAGACUCAGAGGAGCAACAAGCAACUCUGAGGAGCUUUAACAGAGAACUGCUGCCAGCUUAGGGAAAAAAAAAGACUGACAGGUGGAAAAAAGCGAGGUAAGAAGCUCAAGAAGGAGAUUCAUAAGAAACUUCUGAAGGGGAGAUUUUAAAGAAAAGCUACUUAGAAAGGUAGAAGUAGGUGAAAGAUUUGAGGAGAGUUGAAAUUUGUAGUGUCAGUUUUACAGCAGUUGUAACCACUGAGAAUAAGAGGGUAAACUGAGACAUUUUCUUCAUUAAUUUUUGGCCAAAAAACAAAAGCCAACAUGUCCCUGGAGGUGAAGGAGAAGACCCAGGUGCGUCUGGUGUUUCUGGGGGCAGCAGGAGUGGGGAAGACAGCCCUAAUCCGACGUUUCCUCCAAGACACAUUUGAGCCCAAACACCGACGCACAGUGGAGGAGCUGCACAGUAAGGAGUAUGACAUCGGCGGGGUCAAGGUCACGGUUGAGAUCUUGGACACCAGUGGCAGCUACUCCUUCCCUGCCAUGCGCAAGCUCUCCAUCCAAAACAGCGACGCCUUCGCGCUGGUGUAUGCCGUGGAUGACCCCGAGUCACUGGAGGCCGUCAAGAGCCUACGAGAUGAGAUCCUGGAGAUCAAGGAGGACAAGUACACGCCCAUUGUGGUGGUGGGGAACAAGGUGGAUCGGGAGGAGGAACGCCAGGUGUCCAGCGAGGACGUGCUGUCGACCGUAGAGCUGGACUGGAACAACAGUUAUCUGGAGGCUUCAGCGAAGGAGAACGCCAAUGUGGUUGAGGUGUUCAAGGAGCUCCUGCAGCAGGCAAACCUCCCCAGCCGUCUCAGCCCCGCGCUACGCAGACGCAGGGAGACCUUUCCCAAAGACACUGACUUCCGGCCGCCCAUGAACAAGACCAACAGUUGUAUUCUGUCAUAACAGGAGAGCAAUAGGAGGAGAAAUGUUCUGUUUUAAGUAAAGGGACAAGGUGAGAAGAUGUAGUUGUGAAAUGCAGUGCUGAUGGACAGAGAAAAAGAGAGAGAAGUCUGGACUUCAGUCAGUGUUGGUGUAAAGAGCUGCCUGAUUUUGAUAAGCAAUCUGGACAAAGACACUUCUGGGCUCAAAACUGAGAGGAAAAAAGACUGAGGAGCAGAAUGGUGUUAAGACUAAACUGAAACAGACUGCCACCUGAAUAAUUAUGAACCCAAGUUAAAUGGAGAGAAGGAAGAUACAUUAAUUAGUUGUUUACUUGAUGUAAUGUUGUUGCUGCUUAUUUGGUGACAUGCUGCUGGUGUGUAGAUCAAUGUAUAGCUUUUGAGUUUUCAAUUAAAAUGUUCACUUACAUCAGUGUAUUUGGACUAUUGCUAACAGACUGUUUACUGAGGGAAAUUGUGUAUAUAUGUUGUGGUUUGUGCAAAACUUGUAUCUCUUAUUUUUCAUUUACUAAUUCACCUGUAGCACAUCAUAAUGUUUACAAUUUUUUGUAUUAAAUUCCAAUUUGCCAUUGAGCAUGACAUAACUCUAUUGUUUAGAAAAUGGUGAAAUGCUAAUGUAAACUGUAAAUGCACUUCUCAUUUUGAAAUUACCAUUCAAAAUGACAUUUUUAGGUUUUUUGUUGGAUGUUUUUAUAUUAUUAUAUCUUUUUUUAUCAUUACAUAUUCACACAAUUGUUAUUAUUUUGCUGUUUAUUUAAGUGGAAUGUGGAUCUACAUGUGUAAUAAAAGACAACAAGUGAAAUUUCUUGUGCAAUUGUUCAUGUAUAAAUCACAGGUUCACUUUAAGGUAAAUUAAAUAAAGGGGGUAAAAAUUGAUAAAUUAAUCAUUAAUUACAUAUAAAUUUAAGUAACUCCUCAGGAAAUUGUGUCAGGGCAGCAAUUAUUGGCAAUAUAUAGAGAUAAAUAAAUACAUCAUAGAUUUGAUACAUCAAGGACAUGGAGAACGUUGCAAAAGACAAUUUUAAAGUUAUAUAGUGCUGUAUUGUAGGAUUGGUGAAAUUUUUUAUCAUUAUUUGACAAAUUUAAUUUAUGUUUGAGGCUGCAAUGGUUGUGAUCCUUGUUGACCAAAAACAGAAUUGUGAAGUUUCACAAUACAUUUGAGAGCUGCCCUCUGAUAGACUUAUGCGGAACGGAAACAAUCUGAUGUCCUUUAAGGUAGAAAUAAUGAUCUAAUCCAACAAUAUCAAUCAACAAGAAGCUAAAACUCUGAUUAUGAAAAAUUAAACAGUACUUAUAGUAUGCACAUAUUACCAGAGCGUACUGAUUUUUUUUUUUUUUUUAGGCGGGGUCACACCAGCAUUUUCACUGUCUGCUUCCACAAACUGCUCCAUUCCAUUAAUGGAAUCUGAAAAUGUGGCAUCAAAAAGUCUUCACUGUGUCGUUCUUGUUUCUGUUGGUCAUUCAAUUUACUGUAAUAAGUGACUAAGAUGAGUAUAAAUUGGUUUGUACAGUGAAGUGAAACUGAAAAAGUGAAAAUUAAAUACAAGAGGUUGAGCUCUAGAUUUUUCAACUGUCUGCAUCCAAUAGUAUUUUAAGAUCUCUGUCGCCAUCUGUUGGUGCAAAGCACACAAGCCGUGCACCAACACUAAUGACCGCUCAGUAUGUAAUCCUUGUGUCUGUUGUGGUACCUCCAAUGACACUUCAACCUAAAAACUUUCUCAAAAAAGAGAUCCAGUAUGUUUGACUCAUGUUCAUGUGGACAUUUUAGGUUUUCAAGAAAGUGCUUUUGAGCACAUUUUAUAUUCCAGUGAGCAGACAGACUUCAUUGUAUUGGGUUCCUAUUCAUUUUCUUACGUGCUGAGGAAAUGGGUACUGCUACUAUGGGAUACUGCUCGUCAAAUCAGUCAGGACUGAUUGGACUGACUGGCAUUAUGUAUGCAAACUCUUCAUGAGGUCUGUUAUGUAUUACAGAUUUCUCUUCUGAACCAUUACAUAUACACGCAUGCAUUGCAUGUCUCUGGAUAACGAUUCCAACUUAAGAUGAAAGCAAGUGUGACAUCCCAAUUAAAGAGGCAGUGUAAACACUGCUGACUGACUGCACGCCUGAAGACACAGCUGUCAGAGUUAAGCAAACUGAACUUGCCCUUGAGCAUCAUCACAACAUUUGACUACUUAGCAGUUCAGCAGUGCUUCUGUUUAACCGGCUGACAAAAUUGAUCAUUGUGCAGUUCCUGAAACGAUUGUGCACGGUUCCCCUAUAUGCAACCUGCCAAGCGGAGACCGUUGUGGUGCUCAGGUCCAACUGCCCCCCCCCCCCCCCAACUCCACUCUAUCAGAUUAGACUGAACCAAGUUUCCUGUUUUAAUUUGAGGAAGUGGCCGAGUAAACGUUUUUGCGGGCAGUUCCUCUUUCAGUCCACAUUUAAACAUUCUUCCGCACUCGACUGUUGUUCAUUUGCAAAGGGACGGAGGCCUCGCAGCUUCACUGUCACGCAGGUGUGUGGAUAUGGCAUCUCGGAACACAGAGUUCUACUUUAAGUUAGGAAUGUAAACGUAUGUGUGUGUUGCCUCAGUCAUCCACAGCGAUGUUGCGGAACAGAUAGGCCAUGGACUCUCCGUUGUGGAUGCGCCGGAUGGCCUCAGCCAGGAUCAUACUGACAUCCACGGUUUUGAUUUUUGGACACUGCAGCUUCUGUACCUCAUGAGGAACAGUGUUGGUCACCACAACCUGGAAGUGCAACACAACAUUGUUAGCCUCAGUUUCAGGACUUUUCUUCCCUUUGUCUAGCCUCUCAGUCAGCCCUACAACUUCCUCUCAAUAUAAAAUGUAAAAAGUCUAAUACCCAGCUAUGGGGCUUCUUUUGAACUCCACUUUCCAUAAUUUUAUACAUCUGUAACCCUAAACAUUAGCAUUUGAUCGGUGGAGCUGAGUAAGGUGGAAGAUAACCUAGAAAUAACUGAUGCAGGACAAAUGCUGUAUGGAAAUAAUGUUAUCACAUUAUACCUCAAGUAUGCUACCUUAAAGGUUUAAUAUGUAAAAGCCUUACUCUGACAAGGUUCAUAAUAAAAGAACAGACAAAUGUUGAUGCAUAUGCACACAGGAUGUCACACUGUUUCAGUUUACGUGUGUGCCUAAUCAGAAAAAAACACUAAUAAAACAUGUUGUUUCUGGUG